AUGGCGUCCAAAUUGAACACAGAGCGGAACGUCAUCAUUUUCCAUAAGUUUGACAUUUGAUUAAAAGUGAUAAAUUAAAUACUAAAUUUUGUUAUAAUUUGUGGAAACAGUGCAAAAGCCUUCAUUAAUUUAAUUUAAUUUACGUUCCUUAAGUUUAUUCUGUUUUUGUUUUCAUAUUUGCACAUUAAGCACAAUGGACUACAAAAAUGGCUCCGGUGAUAUGGGAAGCAAGGGCUCCACAUCCAAAUCCCCCCUGGAGCAAACACAAGCCGCAGUUAACGAUGUUGUUAACAUAAUGCGAGUCAAUGUUGAAAAAGUCUUAGAAAGGGACCAAAAAUUAUCAGAACUCGACGACAGGGCAGACGCCCUACAAAUGGGGGCUGCACAAUUCGAGCAACAGGCAGGCCGAUUAAAACGCAAAUACUGGUGGCAAAAUUUGAAAAUGAUGAUAAUAAUCGGUAUAAUAGGUGUAGUUCUCUUAGCAAUAAUCAUCAUAUCUCUAACGUCUUCUAACAAUUCUGAGCCGGCAGUAACAGAAAAGCCACAAUCGUAAGACUCGAGUAACAUUUUGUAUGUGCCUUCAGCUUUUAUUUUGGUAUAAAUGAAAAGACAAAUCAGCCGAUGAGAAACAAUUAUUAAUGUUAGUAAUAUAGGUGUCUUAUGUAAUGAUAGCAUUUUGUGUGAUAACAGUAAUUUUUCACGACAAUAAAAAUAAAGCACAUUUUAUAUAACAUAGUA